AUGAUACCUAUACCGACUUACAAAUUUCCUCACGACCCAGCGCUGGUCCAGUUACUAACGAUAGCACGUCAGACCCCCGCCGCUGACAUUGUUAUCGAAGACAGUGCCCUUAACUGCCAGAAGACGUACCCCGAGCUACUUGCUGAUAUAGUUGCAACACGAGAGCUCCUCCGGGCCCAAUUACCCCAAUCAGCAUUAGAUGCAAAAGGGCUUCUAUGUGAUAAGAGGCAAAAUAUUGUUCUUCUCGCGAAGAGUGGCUAUGAGUUUCUCGUUUCCUUCUUUGCCAUACGCUCCUUAGGUGGAUCGACUGACCAGCUAUCUCCAGGAACUGGCGUGCUCCCCGAGGAGGCCGAUUAUUUCCUUUUAAUGACAAACUCCAUAUCCAUACUUGCUGACCGAGGAAGUAUGGAAAGGGCGGACAAUAUUCGCGCCUACGUCAAGCAAACGAGGUCCGAAUUCUUGACAGUUGUACCUAUAUCUUGUGAUGCACAGCCCCUUUUUGAAGCUGAAGGAGCCAUUGAGAUUGACCAUACCUGCAUCAUGGCCCCAGAUGGAGCAGGAUUAAUAAUGUUCACGUCCGGUACCACUGGACGCCCAAAAGGAGUUGUACUACCGCGAUGUUCUCUUCUUGGAACCGGUGCCAGAGAGCCUGGCUCCGUGGCCCUUGUUUAUCGCCCAAACCACUGGCUUGGCGGUGCCAGGCAUAUCAUUCAGUCGCUUCUCUCAGGGAGAAAACUACACAGUCUAAAAACAAAAGUCCAGGAUGCUCGUGCUCAGGACGUUCUCCGAGCCUUUCGAACCUCUUCGAUCACACAUGUUGCAUUUAUGCCAGAUGUGUUGCAGCGUAUGAUGUUCUUACUCACUUGCCACAGGGAUCAAUCCACCAUCCCGCAAAAGGAGAAGGAUCUAUGGCGCAGUUAUUUCAAAGGAUUGUCGAUAAUCAGAUGUUCUGGCGGAUCACUCAAAUCAUCAGUAAGGGAAUUCUGGAUCGAUUUAACAGGGUUACCGUUUGAGAAUUUCUAUUCUUCUACAGAGCUUGGAGGACUUGCGAUUGGUGGAGCGUCUCAGAGAUACGGCUCUAUGGGGACACCUGCCCCGGGAAUCAAAGUAAAACUAUCAGAAGGAGAUCGAGGAGAGCUCUGUGUUAAAAGUCCGAAGAUGCUGUUACGUUAUCUGGGAGACAGCCAUACAAUCGAGAAUACCUUUGACAAAGAAGGGUACUAUAAGACUGGGGACUUAGCUAAAUACAUUGACGGAGAAUACAUAUUCUCUGGGCGCGUGGCCACUGACUGUGUCCAAUAUGCAGCAUUUCGGUUUUCAACCCUUGCAGUCGAGGACAGUUUAGCCAAACUGCCAUAUAUCCUAGAAACAUGCGUUGUGGCCGUACCUCAUAAAAAACUUAGACAGCUUUGUGCAGCUGUGGUGAGGCUCCGGCCUGAUGCUCGAAUACCUAGGAAGAUAUCAACUCUAGGGUUGAUCAGAUCAGAUCUAGAAGGCAAGUUACCAAUGUACAUGAUGCCAACCCUACUUCGAGUGUUAAAGGAUGAGGAGGAGUUGCCAUGUACAAUCGCUGGGAAGCCUACCAAAAGGGAGGUCCUCAGGCUAUACUUUGGCAGCGUAAAUGGCGCUCAGGUCGAUAGCUACCCCCCGGGGGUAGAGUGUUGCCCUAUCCCUAAACCGGGUGAAGCUACCAAGCCAUGGGACUGGGAUGGACGGCAAUUCGAGCAUUAA